AUGAACUUAUUCAGUGGUUUUCAGGACCACUUGGCGUCGCCCAACGAUGACCUCCUUGGUCAGACACCCGAGGGCCAACAAGCACUGAUUUUCGCGGUCUUGUACCCCCCGGUGCUGAACCUACCUAGAUGGGAAGGCGAUGAACUGCGAAUACUGCUUGAUGAGGCGGGUGAUGCGGACAGGGUGGCGCCCUUGUCACUGCAGGCUCCUCCGCCUCCCCCUCCGCCACCCAAGCCGCCGCAGCUGCAGAGCCGUAUGUCUGCCCCCGUUCCUGGAGAGUGGCCGCCGCACCACCCGGCGGCCACCCUUGGAGGCAGCCACCUGAUGAUGUCGGCUUACGCUUUCCUAAACUCGGACUCAAUGCGUGAGUUCUACGACAAGCUCAUGCCGGUUUCGGCCCUGUACGACGAGAUGCACGAGUUGCCUGUCGUGCAGAAGCGCAAGCGUUGCAUGGAGAUGUCGUACUUGCGCAUGCAGCUUAUGCAGGAUCCGAGCUUUACGCAGAUCCUGCAAGCAGUUUGCUUACUACGACACCACCUCUACAGCCUCUCCCGCAAGGUGCUCGUAAUGAACCAGGGACCGGACGGCAUCCCCAUUGAUCUGCUGCUGGGCUCGAUGUCUACGGAGCUUUUCCACCUGCUGAAGGGGGUGCUGCCCCAGGAGAUCUGCGACUUGUUCGGGAACUGCCUGCCGCACCCGCGACUGGCAGUGCUGGUGUUUGCCGAGUUCACCUCGGUGGAUCCCAUGCCCACACUCGCUUGA